AUCAUGGAGGGAGUAAAGUGAAACGAAACAACUUGUGUUCAUCACAGUCGGGAGAACUUUUUUUGUGUGUGUGUCAGUUUAACCAUGGGAUACGUAGCAGUACAGAGUCAAAGUAACCGUGGAAAACUUGGCACUGGCAUUAGCUUUUGCUCGGUAGUCAGAAAUAAUUAAGCUAGCUAACAAGGGACUGUCCCUCAGUUCUCAGAAAUAUUUGUGUGGAGCAGGGACAGGAACAUGGCUUCAUCCUCAGUAGAAUACACCAUUGGAGGGGUGAGGAUCAACUUCCCCUGCAAGGCUUACCCAUCCCAGCUGGCCAUGAUGAACUCAAUCGUACGAGGGUUGAACAAUGGGCAGCACUGUUUGCUGGAGAGUCCUACAGGAAGUGGGAAGAGCUUGGCCUUGCUCUGCUCUGCUCUGGGCUGGCAGAGGGCUCAGUUCGCUAAACAGAAAGAAGGAGGAGGCCUUGUGGAGGACAAGAGCCACUCAGAUAAAAACUCUGAAGACUAUAAGAAGCCCAGUAUCGCCCCCCUCUGUCAGUGCAUGUGCCACAGGAAAGCCAACUGGGCCUCAGCUAUAGCAGCAGUCACACCUGCUGUGGUGGACCUCACUGUGUCACCGUGUAAAGAGCCGGCACAGCAGCUGCCUCCAGCACCUCAGCACACCCUGUUAGAAGAAGAGGCGCUGCCCAAGAAACAGUCUAUAGCCUCUCGUCUGUCUGAGAAGUUCCAGGCUUCCCUCAGCUCUGGCUGCGAGAAUGACAGCGACUUUCAGCCGGAAAAAAAACGCAUUCGCACUUCUGAGAACAAGGCCCGGAAAAAGCAGCGUCUGGAGAAGGGAGUGAUAUUUAUCGAUGAUGAGCUGGACCUGCCAAAUGAGCCCUCAGGUCCGAGUUGGGCCACAGAGCCAAACAGUUCUGCAGCCAGUGUGUCCUCGACAUGCAGUUCCCCAGAACCCUGCUCCUGGUGCCUGUGUGCCUCAGCCAAAGAGUGUGUGAAGGACCAAAGCAAAGAAGGCAAAAAGAAGAUUCCCAAGAUCUUCUUUGGCACUCGUACACAUAAACAGAUAACUCAGAUUGCCCACGAGCUGAAACGCACCGUUUACUCCAACGUGCCGAUGACCAUCUUAUCCAGUAGAGAUCACACCUGUGUCAACCCGGAAGUGGCGCGUCACUCCAACCGCAAUGAGCGCUGCAAGGACCUGCUGGACGCCAAGGAUGGUAGGUCAUGCCGCUUCUACCACAGUGUCCAGAGAAUGCGGGACCAGUACACACUACAACAUGUGCAUGGACUACAUCAAGCCUGGGACAUUGAGGACCUGGUCACGCUGGGCAAGCGGCUACGCUCUUGCUCUUACUAUGCUGCCCGUGAACUUAUGCAGGGCGCCUCAAUCAUCUUCUGCCCAUAUAACUACCUGCUGGACCCAAUGAUCAGAGAGAGUAUGGAGAUCAACCUGGCAGACCAGAUCUUGGUGCUGGAUGAAGCCCACAACAUUGAGGACUGUGCAAGGGAGAGUGCCAGCUUCACGUUAGACCAUAACAGUCUGCUGAUGUCCAGGAAUGAGCUGGAUGGCAUGGUCAGCAGCAACAUCAGACGCUCCAAGCAUGAACCGCUCAGAGACUUCUGCUACAGCCUGAGCAACUGGAUCCAGGAGAGCCAAGGCCUGAUGAGCGAAAGAGGAUACGAGACAGCAAGCAAAGUCUGGAAUGGGAAGGAAAUACUCGACAUCUUUCACAGCCUGGGCAUCACUGCGGGUACCUUUAAUAUUCUGAAGCAAAACUUGGCAGCAGUGCUGGAGAAGGAGGAGUGUACUGGCUUGGUUAAUGGUAAAGAGGACAUGGUGCUGGUCCCAACCAUCAGCUCAGCUACCUCCACUGUCCUCAAAAGCCUCUUCAUGGUUCUGGAUUUCCUCUACAGGGACAACUGCAGGUUUGCUGAAGAUUACCGAGUCGCUCUGCAGAAGAGCUACGCUUGGACAAACCAGGCCCCGCCUGACAUCCCUGAUUCUCAAGGCUUUUUUGUCCGACCACGCCACAGACAGCGACAGAGCAUCCGAGUCAAGACAGAAGUGUUGACACUCAGUUUCUGGUGCCUUAACCCUGCCGUGGCUUUCUCUGACUUGAGCGGGUCGGUGCACAGUAUUGUGCUGACAUCAGGAACCCUGUCACCCAUGGGCUCCUUCUCCUCUGAACUUGGGGUGAAAUUCUCCAUUCAGCUCGAGGCCAAUCAUGUGAUCAACAAGUCCCAGGUUUGGGUGGGUACUGUUGGUGCUGGACCCCAAGGUAGAAAACUGUGUGCCACCUUCCAACAUACUGAAACGUACGCCUUCCAGGACGAGGUGGGUGCCCUGCUGCUCCAUGUGUGCCAGGUCGUGGCCAAGGGCGUGCUCUGCUUUUUGCCUUCUUACAAGAUGCUGGACAAGCUGCGUGAUCGAUGGACCAACACCGGUCUCUGGGAGAAGCUAGAACAACAGAAAACUGUGAUCACGGAGCCCCGCGGUGGCGGCAAGGGGGAUUUUGACGAGCUGCUUCAGACCUACUACGAUGCCAUCAAAUACUGUGAGGAAAGAGGUCAGACUGAUGGUGCACUGCUGAUUGCUGUGUGUAGGGGUAAAGUGAGUGAAGGACUAGACUUCACAGAUGAUAAUGCCAGGGCAGUGGUCACCAUUGGAAUUCCCUUCCCAAACAUCAAAGACCUCCAGGUUGAGCUGAAGAUGAAGUACAAUGACCACCACUGCAAGUCCAGAGGUCUUCUCCCGGGCCAUCGUUGGUAUGAGAUUCAGGCCUUCAGAGCUCUGAACCAGGCCCUGGGGAGGUGCAUCCGCCACAGGAACGAUUGGGGUGCUCUAAUCCUAGUGGAUGACCGUUACAGAAAUAAUCCUAAUAAAUACAUCACAGGUCUGUCUAAAUGGGUUCGCCAGCUCGUCCAGCACCAUGAUUCCUUCAGUAAUGCCAUGCAGUCUCUGGUAGCGUUCUCUCAGGUGCAGCAGAAAAUGGAGGUGGCACCUGCAGACAACCAGACACCCUGCUCUACGGCCUCAUCUCCAAACAGUCACUUACCAGUAACCGCAGAGGGAAGGCUUCUGCCCAAGGCCUUGCAACCUCAGACGUGUGUCAAACUCCCUGAUCCCCAGCAGGACACAAGCCCCUCGACCUUUUUGUCUGGUGCACAGUUGAAAACUGAGCAAAAUGAAAAAGCAGAAUGGUUGAAGAAGGGGCACAGUUUCCCAGCAGAGCCAGUCUCACACCAGAAAAGCACCGCUCAGCCUCUAUACCACAUUUUCACCUCCAGCCCCAUCGGCACCUGCUUCAAGAAGGCACUCUUUAAAGAGAAAGCACCCAGUAAUCCCAACCAGCACCAGGAAGCACCUAAUCAUUCUGAGGACAAGGAGAACCACCAGAUCUCCUCUCCACAAAAGAAGACUGCUGGGGCUGCAGACACUUCCAGUGACAUCAAAGUGAAACCCCACAGUCUGGCUCUGGAGACACCUGCAGCACCAAACCCUCCCAGCUGUGAAGGUGAAGCACCUUCAGCAGACAGUGUAGAUGAAGAUGAAACGGACGAGGACCAGACGGUCUUCUUUACUCCAGAACUUUUCGAGGGUGAGGGAGUCGAAGGCAGCCCGCAGAAGGAGACGGAGACAGAGACACCUCCCAGGAUGGUUUUAGGGGCAGAGAGCUCUGACCUGCUGUCAGAGGAACUUUUUAGCUCUGAGCCGGCCCAAGGGCAAGGGCGAGCCUCUGCCUGUGAUGGACAGAGUGCUAUUUCAGUCAGUAAGGUGGACACAGAGCUGUCACAGGGACGUAAAGAAGAAAUCAGAGGACAGAGGCAAGGUGAGGAGGGAGAGCAGGUGGAUAACCAGAGCAGGGAGACAGGCAGUAGGCUCAGCAGGCUGUCCAGGACCAGGCAGAAGCUUCCCUCCACUCCAACAGGUAACUAAUAACCUGGACAGACUGUAAUCCAAAAGUAAAGUGCAAAUAAUGUUUUCAGUACAUAAUGUGGUGGGAUAUGUUUUCCAGCCAGAGAUGUGUAUUGGAAAUUUCUAUUGAAACAAGAUUGUGCAAUGUAAAACGCCUCCUUCAGUUCAUGCCAUUGGUUCACGCUUUAACCAAGUAUGUUAUACCUGCCUUAGGCCACUGGGACACACGCUAUUAGCAUGUGUACAGACAAGGAUGAGGCUUCAGCUAAGCUAGUUACUGUUUCAAAUCAGCUUCUUAAGCAGUGUGGCUGAACAUCAUACUAAGGCCAUUAAGGCCUGUUCUUAGUUAACACACAACUAACCGACACUAAUCUGCAUUUCAACACAUUAUUAAAACACAAAAUCAAGUAUGUCUUCAUCUGAUUUCAUGAAAAAGCGUAGCAUCGUUUUAGCCCUGUUGUAACGUUUGCAGGUUAUGGGUGAGGCGCAGGUGACCUCGAGACGGGCUUUCAUUUUUCUGUUUUAAUUCCAGUUUUUUUUUUUUAAUUAUGUGGAAUUAUUGCGUGGAUACCCAU